GCUCAGUCGAGAGUUGAACGUCGGUGGGUCAAAGUCGUUAGGGAGUGUGUCGUCGGUAUGCGAUAAGAAUUCAACUUUAAAUAAACUUUCAACCCGCAAAAAGCCUUAAAUUUGAAGAAAAGUGCCUGUGGUCUUAUCUUAUCUCAUUCUAAGUUCCGUCCAUAAAGUGCCUGACGUUUAAGUAGACAAAAUUUAGAGAGAUCGUGACACAAUUUCGAGAGAAGAAAACGAAAGAAACAAAAUUACCUCAGCUGUGCUUUUAAUUUGAUUGGACAAUCAUGACGACGUCAAUUAACAUCUCAGCUUGUUUUGAGAAUCCUCAGAGUGCUUUGAUCUCAGCUUAUCAAAGGAGAAACCUUGAUGCUUUUAAAUAUGCCUUAGAUCAUCUUCAUGCAGAUCCAAAUGCAAUUGAUCCGAGAAGUAACAUGUCGAUCUUUGACAAGAUCUUGAAAACUCCAGAUUCAAAUGACUACAUAAGAUUAUGCAUUGCACAUGGUGCUGAUUUAUACUCGAAAAAUGUCGAUAAUCGUUAUCCACUUCAUGAAGUUGUUGGCUCAUUAUCGCCGAAUAAUCUCAAAACUUUUUUAAACUAUUAUGACCCUCGAAAGAUUAACGUGAAGUAUAAAUAUAAGAAUUGUCUUCAUAUGUUAAUCGAUCUUUUACCAAGUGACAAAUAUGACGAUAUUGCUGAAUGCAUAAAGAUUUUAAUCGAUUAUGAUUGCGAUCCUAAUAUGCCGAAUGAGAAAUCUCGAACACCUUUCUUCAGUCUCUUAAGAGUUCAACCAAAACUUCGUGAUCCAAAUGAUUUGAUUGAUUAUAUUUUGGAGCAUUCGACUGUUGAUUUAUACACUUACAAACAUGAUGAGAUGAAACGAAUGUUUGAGAAACAAAAUCCUCAUCAUUCUCUUCCGGAAAAGGUUGAGAAAAUUGUCGAUGCUGAUUACAUGUUGGGAUUGUUGCGUGCAAGAAAAGAAGCAGAAUUUGAAGUUAAUUUCAAAUUAUUCAAAGAAAUGUCAACAAAAAUGGCAACCAAUGACGAUAAUAAGUUAAACAACUUCGCGGAAGAUUGUGCAAAGUUUCUAUACACGGCAAUUCAGAAUGACUUGGAGGCUGUCGUUGAUUUGCUUAUGAGUGAAGGUGUUGAUGUAAACAAAAGAUCAGUCGAUAUGACUCAUCAAAGACCAGCAGCCUUCCUGGCAUGUUAUUAUGGUCACCACGGGGUAUUAAAAUUGCUUCUUCAAGCUGAUCCAAAACCGGAAACAAUUUUCAAGAAUCGAAAUUUACUUCAUGAAGUUUGCAGUCAUUUUGGAACUGAUCCAAGUUCAACACCAAACAUCGAUCAUCAAAAAUGUUUCGAUCUUGUGUUAGACCAUUGCAAUGUCAAUCAAAUUGAUGAGUCAGGAUGUACGCCACUUCAUUAUGCUGUUCGCUACCGCAAUGAUAAAGCAGCAAAAGCUUUACUUGAAAGAUCAAGUUACAUUGGAACAAGAAACUCUUACGGUGAGACUCCAAUUGAUGACUUGAGUCGAGAAGUUCUUGAAAAUUUCCUUGACAGCCGCAUUACAACAAAUAUCCGUCGAUCUGGAGAUGACGAACAAAAAAUUGCAAUCGACUACCAAUUCUUGAUGUCACCAAAAACAUCUGACGAUGUUGAUGAGUUCCGAUCAGAAAUUUUACCAUUGAAAGUCAUUUCGGAGAAUUCAGAUUUACGUUCAUUGAUUCUCCACCCAGUGCUUUCAAGUUUCUUGUUUCUCAAAUGGAGCAAACUCAGCUUAUUGUUCUACGCAAAUCUUUUACUGUUUUCAACAUUCAUGGUGUCGUUGAUCGUCUUCAUCGUUUUAUGUCAAUCAAUUCCACCUGCAGAUCGUGAUGACAGCGGCGUUUACUGCUUAUUCUUCUAUUUAUCAAUCAUCAGCCUUAUUCUUCUCAUGCUUCGAGAAGUUUUUCAAUGCAUGUUGUCGGUCAAACAUUACUUCAAAAACCCGAUAAAUUUGCUUGAAAUUAUUCUCAUAAUUCUUGGAUGGACGGUGAUUAUUCAGUCGAGUGAAGUUAAUGACGAUGACGACGCAACUCAACGAAUCUUAAGGGCAGUGACAAUUUUAUUCGCUGCAUAUGAAUUCUUGCAGCUUGUUGGGACAUUGCCGAUACUUUCGGUUUCAACUCACAUGGUCAUUCUGAAGAAAGUUGCAGUGACUUUCCUUAAAUCCAUCGCGCUUUACUCGAUUCUUCUUCUAGCUUUUGCUUUAAGCUUCUACACGUUGUUUGGUGGGAAGAACUCAAAUGAAAAAGAAGAUGAAACGACAACAAUUGAACCAAACUCAAGUGCAAUUCCAUCGGGGUGUUGCAAGCAAGAUGAUGACGAUGGAGAAUUUAAUUCUUUCGGAUAUCCUGGAAUUGCAAUCAUCAAAACAUUUGUGAUGUUGACUGGUGAAUUUGAUGCUUCAUCACUUGAUUUGGAUCGUAAUGGCAUUUCUUACUCAAUCAUCUUUCUUCUCUUCGUCUUUUUGAUCACAAUCGUUUUGUUUAAUUUAUUGAAUGCAUUGGCUGUUGACGACACUCACGUGAUCAAAUCUGAGGGACAACUCGUUGAUUUAUGCCAGCGCAUUAACGUUCUCACUGAAUACGAACGAAUAAUUCUGGGACGUUCAGGCUGGCGAUGGGUGAAGUCAAUUAUCAGUAUUUUCCCUUACACAAUUCCUCAAGGAAGAAUCGUCAUUCAUCCAAAUCGAAGGAAUGAAAUCUUGACAAUGAAAUCGCGAUCUUCUUCACAAGAUGUCAGCAUUAAAGUGGAAGAUGGACAAGAACAAGAACUUCAGACAUUGAACAACAACAGUUCCAUUGAAAAGAUUAUUCCAAGUCGUCGACUCACAGAAAAACUCGAAAAGUAUUCAAGAAUGGAUCCGAAAAUCAUGAAACGUAUUCGUUCUGUACUCGAGGAAAGAAAUGAGAAAAGAAAUAAGCAGCAACGUGAAGAGACUUUGUGGGAUCACAUUCGCAGCAUGGAAUUGCAACUCAAAGUUUUAACAGAUUUGAUUAAGAACAGAAAGAAUUAAAAUUCGUUUUUAUUUUAUUUUCCCGAAUUAUUUGGAUUCAUAAACUUUUAUUUU